AUGCAACAUCCAUCUAUUGGUUUUCGUGGCGCGAUUCGCAUUGGUCAUCAUUAUACACAUAAUCAUCGUAUUGAAAAUACCGAUAAUAAUGACUUAUCUGUUUCUAAUUCAAAUUCUGAUGAAAAAGAUGAUAAUCUUGAUGUAAAGCACACAUCAAUUUAUUCACCAAUAGGAAUUAAUAGCGAUUUUGAAUUAGCUAUUCGUAAUCUUCGUCCAGCAGCAACAAGUCAAAAGAAGAUAAAAACAAAUUUAAACAUUAGCAAGCAAAAGGCAGAUUUACCACAAUUAAAUACAAGUAAUGAUGAUCAUCAUAGUAAUAAUAAAACUAAGCAAAAACACAGUGAAGAUAACGUUGAAGAUAAACCAUCAUGUCAAUGGUUUCCUAAACCUGAUGUUGGUCAUGUAAAUUCUGAUGAUUUUAUUCGUCAUAAUCACGUUGAAUCUCAACAACAACAACUACCUGAAAUACUUGAACAAACAACUCCACCUGCUUUAUUAACAACAAUUCCUCCUGUUGGUAUUUCAACACGACCAACAGCAAUUGUUGCAUCGGCUGAUCCAACACGAUCUAUUUCGGCUUUCUUUUCAUCGAAUUCAUCAAUAAAAAAAGCUACGAGCUAUAAUAAUAUUCAUAAUAAUACAGUGACUAAAAUAAAUGAACAACAACAACAACAACAAAUAUCAUCAUCGUCAUCGUCAGCUUUUCAGCCAAUUAAUUCUUCAUCACAAAAUAAUCUUCAAAACCAAUCGGCUAUGAAACCUGCACCGGUCCUUAUGGAUAUUCCACAACAUAAAGCGUUAGAACGUGGACAACAAUUGAACCGAGUACAUAUUGCUCAUCCGCAAAGUCCAUCAACAGUUCAUCUUAUGUUACAUACAGAUUUUAAUACAGCUUGCCGUCUUCUUCGUGAAAUGGCAGUACAUUCUGAACUUCAGAAUGAUCAAUUACCAACUCAGCCUUUCAAGGCUCAAGUGAAUCGUUUAUGUGCGUGUUAUCAUGAAGGCCGCUGGUUUCGUUGUCGUAUAUUACAAAUAUCACCAGAUUUUUCAACUGCUACAGUUGUUUAUUUGGAUUGGGGCAUGACUAUAGCAAUGCAAAUUGGGCCAGAAUAUAUUCGUCGUCUACCAAAUGAAUUUUAUGCUGAACCAGCUUGUUGUAUCAUGUGCUAUCUCGAUGGUGUACCUGAUAAACACGAUUUGAUGUCACCUGAAGUUCUUGCUCAAUGUAUUGCUUUAUUAAGCGAAAAUGAAUAUGAUGUGACUGUUAAUGGUUACGAUAGUGCAACAGGAGGCAAAAUUCUUCUAUCACUUAAUGGAAGAAUUAUUAACGAUCAAAUAAGACAAUUACUUGUACCGAAUACUGUAAUGACACCUGAAGAAGAAUCGAUUGAACAAUUUCGACAUGAACUCCCAUUAAGUGUCGGUGAUGAAUUAAAAGCACUACUUAGUUCAUUUAGUGGUAAAGAUAAUUCAUUUUAUGUAUUACUUGUUAAUGAAAAUACGGUUGUUAUUGAUCAAGCUAUGAGUCAAUUACAGGGAACAAAUAUUUCAAAUUGUUCUCCAUGCGAAAUGCCACGAAUAAAAACUCUUGUGGUAGCUCGUUAUGCUGAUGAUGGGAAAUGGUAUCGUGCAUGGGUUAAAUCCAUUUGUUUACAGCGUCAACAGGCAACUGUAUUUUUUGUGGAUUUUGGUAAUGAAAGUACAGUCAUGUUUUCUGAUAUAUAUGCAUGUCCAGAAUCUGUUCGUACACUUCCAUGGCUUGGCAUACGUGUGCGUUUAACAAAUGAUAUCAUGACACAUGAUGAAUUAGCUUCAUUUUGGAAAAUAGCUGAAUCUAAUUAUAUAUGGAUAAAAAUUUUAGAAAUACUAAAAGAUUCAUAUGGGAUACAAAUAAAAAUUGAUUAUACAAUUCUUCUUCGACAAGAACGAAUCAAAUUGUUAUCAUCCAAUCUAGGUGUUCAUAUGGGUGUACAAACAAUGCUUGAUGAAAGAUCAUUGUCAGCAAUGUGUCCAUCACGUAGUGUAGAGAUAAAUUCAUGUUUGGCAACACCUUCAAUAGCUGAUCAGAGUCAGAUAGGAAAUGAAAAUUUAAUUCGUAAUUUAUUUGAAAUGAUUAGUAACGAAUUACGUCGUCUUCGACAUCGUAUCAAUGAUAGUGAUGAAGCAUCGCAAGAUCGUCAUAGUCAACUAAUGCAAUUAUUGUUUUCAACGUUUAAUUUAAAUAAUAGUAAUAAUCAAAAGAGACUUUAA